UAAUAAGCUCGAGCUGUCCGAUCAAGCAAGCUAGCGGUCGCGGACGACGCACUCGCACGGGUCACUCGCGGCUCAACCAGAUCCACACUCAGCCUCCUCGUUCGACGUCCGUCCAGUCCUAAUCGUCCUCGUCUCCUCGUCCUCAACGGUCGGACACUCAGAUCCGCAGUCUUGGCUCUCGCACCGAUCCCUGACCACGACUCCUCAAGCUCGAAGCAUCACUGCACUCAUAUCACCGCUCUCUGCCUCUCUUGCAAUCUUACCUCUCAGACGCCGCUCUCGCCUAUCAGACUUGGCCGUACUGCCAUUGUCGCGCUGCGCCGUUGCGUCUCAGUGUCUCUAGUGAGUCGCGUCUUCUUCCUUGGCCACUCGAUCUCGGCAGCAACUCACUUAGUCGCUGAACAACCACUGUCACAGCUCACACCUCGGCCACUAUCGCUCUCUUUCUGGCGAUCUCACUCUCAGAUUCGCUUCCAGUCUCGUUCUCACGCCACUCAUUGGUAUAGUGGUUUUCUCUGUGCAUUGGAGGAGGUUCUAGCCGUUGCAGAAUCUGCCUAAUAUUGAUAUUUGCGAGAACGGUGAGAAAGCAUCCACUUGCCCAUAUUCGUUUUCUGGUGGCUGAGUUUUGAAACAGGGGAAGGAGCAUACAAACUUUGCACUAUACAUUGGUAAUCAUCAUUCUGAAAAGCCUCUACAAACCCUUUUCUCUUCCAACAAUGGAUUAUUCCACAUACCAACAACAACAACAACAGGAACAAGGCUAUGAAUCAUCUCAAAAUCAAGCCUUUGAUCAAUCUUCCCAGUCUUAUUAUGGUUACAAUCAACAAUAUGACCAGCAAUAUGCAUACUAUGCUGGCCAAGGUCAAGGAAGUUCAUAUGCCCACCCACAAUUCCAGCAAGAACACACCUCCAUUCACCCUCCUGGAGUCCCAAUACCUCCUGAACAGGCUCAGAUUCAAAAUCCACAAUUUUCAAACCAAGAUUCAGGCGCGGCACUAGGUGCUGCGAUGAAUCCAGCGGCUGCGGCUGUGGCGAUAGCUGCUCUCUCACAGCUCACUCAAUUUGCUGGGAACCCUCCGAUUGGGCAGUCUCGAUACAGAGGCGGCAGCAGGGGCAGUAGACCAUUUAGACGGGGUGGUCGUGGCCAUUUCAACCCACGAGGUCAUGCUCCUUACCGUGGUGGGGGACGUGGCCAUGGGGGUGGUAGGCACUUCCCAUCUUAUUCUUCAGAAUUUGUACCAGCUGCUACCGGAGGCACAUCGGUGGCACAACAACCUUCAUCAUCAGUAUCUGGGCCUAUUCUAGCACAGGUUCCAGAUGUGACAUUGCAUCCACCACCAUGUAAAUUUUGGUGUGAAAUUUGCAAGGUUGAGUGCAAUUCUUCUGAGAUUAUGGAGCAGCAUAAGAAUGGAAAGCGGCAUAAAAAGAAUUUGCAGGUACACGAGGAGUUACAGAGGCGUAAAGCUGUAAAUGGACAACAGAAUAGCCAGAUGCCCUCUUCUCAAUUGAAUUUAACUGCCCAGGUUGAGAAAGCUCCUGAAUUGAAGACAGAAGGGUGCCCAGCUGAUAAUAUGAUCUCUGUAGUGAUGGAUGACAAUCUUAAAAAUGAACUUGAUUUGCAGAACAAUACAGGAGAAACUUCAGAAGUUACAGCUGAUGAUCCUGAGGAAAACCCCAGGGAAGGUUCGGCUUCAAGGGGCCAUGGUUUCAAGCGAAAGAUGAGAGGAGGCAGAGGAGGUAAAUACAUGAGAAAUAAUGAGGGGUCAAGAAAGAAAGUGGAACCUCCAAAACCCAAACAGGCUACAUCUUUCAUAUGUGAGUUGUGCAAUGUUAUAUGUGAGUCACAGGUUGUUUAUGACAGUCAUUUGACCGGGAAAAAGCAUCAAUCAAAUCUCAAACGUGUCCACGGGCACCAAGCCAUGUCCCAAGAACCAGGGCCACAGGCAGCUCCCCCAGCUAACAUCAGUGCUGUGUCUAAUUCCAUUGACAUCAAUGCUCUUGCAAAUUCAAUUAACUCUCAAGUCCAACAUGGUGUUAAUGAUCCACAAGUCCUCUUGGCUCAGCUCCUAAUGACAGUACUUUCUCAAGCUCAAGCGUCAACAGCGGCAGCGGCAACCACAGGAUCUGUAGCUGCUCAGCUUUCAUCACUCAUGCCAGCAGCUGGCUCAAGUUAUGGACCACCAUUUCAAAAUAUCCCACUGACACGAGCAUCAGAAAGUGCUGCACAUGGUGGGAAUGAAAAUCCUACAGUGAAAGCAAAAGAUCUGGAAGUAUCUGAUCCACCAUUGGCUGAUGUUCCUCAAACUGCAGGUAAAAGCUCUGAAAUUGAAGAGGAGGUACAUAAAACACCAGUAGAGAAUCCAACCGCAACAAUUGAGCAGGGACCCUGAGAGUGCAUAGCUCCUACUUGGUAGAAGUAUGUUCUGUUUUACAUUGAUAGUACAUUGUUCGCUGCGAUCUUUUAUUUAGUUCUGACUUUUGACAACCCACUGCACGGAUUCCGUUUUCCUUGUCCCAAACAAGAAAGCGUUGUGUCAACUUUAUGAGAGAAUGACAGUUAGCUCCCAAAAGGUAGAAUUUAUAACAGUUAGGUUCCCAACAAAAUUUUCUAAAAAAUGAGUUGUAAAUAUUGAUUUAAAUAGUUAUGAGUAGAAAUUCUUCUUACAAUCUAAGAAUUAUAUUUGAUACUUAAAUACUUAUUUGCAAUUGAAACUCUUGAGUUUAUAAUUAUCUAGAUCAAUAUUUUCUACUCAUGUUUCAAAAAAUUUUGCAGGGGACUUGAUUGUAAUAAUUUAAUGUUUUGGUACUUAACUGUCAUUCUCUCAAUUUAUAAUGGUUCGACUGAAGUUUCUAAUGUUAUUUUUGUCGCUCUUUUGUGGGGCAUCAUAUGGGAAGGAGGGAUUGAACAGACCACUGCUUUAGGAGAGAGGAAGAGGAGACAAAUAUAAAGAGGAUUGAAGCUAAUUUGUUUUGUUUUGUUUCGUUGUUCUAUGGUUUGGGCUUUUUGACUUGUCAAUUUGAAUUUCUUUCACA